AGUUUGAGGAGUAUUUGAUAUACAUGGCGGUUUGGGAGUUGGUUCUUUUCCUGUCUUCACUAGAGAGACAUAAUAUACUAACAAGAUUUAAUUAUUUUAUUACAUUGGUAUAAUAAAUCAACCAUUCAGGAAACCAUGUGCUUGGUAUGGCAUUCCAAUGUGAAAGUCAAGAGUGUUCACCUCACAGAUUAGUUACAUGAUUUUACAGCGUCAUUUGAUAUCUAUGAAAUGUAGAAAAUGUCCUUUCAAUAGUUUUACGUAACAUCUGUGAAACCUGGCUUAUUAAAACUUUCGGUUUCGUCAUAUAGUGAAAUUUGUAAUAAUAGUAAUGGUUAGAAAUGUAAAGGUACUACUCAGCAAAAGAGAAAACAACAAUAAAUGUUUUCUGUUUUGAGUGACUUACGCGGUUUCACGGAUUUUCGGAAUUUUAACAAGAGAGCGAACUGCGGAACACAACUGCACAGAACACGUUGCUGUGCGUGUUGUGGUUAAGUAAAAAUACACGACAAGUAUAUUUGGCUGUGGCUUUCAGUUGAUGUAACUAAUCAUCCGGUAAGUUAUGAAAAUUUCAUGCAUUUUAGGAACAGGAGAAAAAUUCAUUCUCACAUAACUCCAAACUCUUAGAUAACAAAUCACUCUGGGCCUCGUUUAUAUAUAACUUCCUUCUAAGGAUGUGCUGGUGUUAGUUGGUGAACCUGUUUCUCUUGCAAAGGACGCAAAAGAUGGCUUCUCUUGUCCAGGUGUUGGCUGUACUGACACUGUACUGGUGCGGUGCAUCAGGACAAUAUGGCUACAGCUACAGCUCUUUUACUGGACCUGUAUCCGGGGAGAUACGCGAAGUCCCAGUUGCAAACCAUUACAACGGCCAUCCCCACGCAGCAUCGACGCACCACCAUCCUUCCUACAACGCAAAAGUCGAUUACGUGGCUAAACCAGACUACACCUUCUCUUAUGGCGUUGAGGAUCCGCUAACCGGCAACUCUCAGAACCACAAGGAAACUCGUGACGGAGACGUAGUAAAGGGCCAAUACACGGUCCUGGACCCUGACGGCACCACUCGCACAGUCACCUACACUGCUGACCCACAAAACGGGUUCCAAGCCACAGUGCACCUUUCAGCAGCACCUUCCAACAACGCUCAUCAUCAGACGCCCGCACCGCGCGGCCACUACAGCGACUAUUAUAAACAGUAAGGAAGGACGGACAAUAGUAGGCUAUAUCCCCAAUGUCUAAAAAUAGGUAUAAAGUUUGGUCGUGGGGGGCGGCGCUUGGCUGACAUUUGAAAUCAAGUUUCAGAAGAAUUAUAUGUUCCUAAAAUGGCGUGUUUGCAUAGGUGGACGUCGAUAUUAGUGUUCUUCACUAAUAUGUACUUCGUCACAAUGUGUAUGAUUUACUAUCUACAUUCAGUUACGAAGGAUAUUUAUACGUGGUCCAAGCUUUGUUUAGCUAAUGCUUUCUAGGUGCCACAAAUCAAACCCACACCUUGAAGAACAGGGAGAGAAUUCACUAUUUAUAAGAACAAAUAUGAGAGAAGUUUCCUCCGCGGCAAUUAAUUCGUCCCUAUAUUUCUGAGGACGAGCAUGAGAAAAAUAUAUCAAUGGUAUGAAUUCAACAUUUUACAUGGACGAAUAUGAGGCAAUUUACCCACCGCAGAAGUGGAUUAAGUUUUGCAUAUCUAAGGACGAAUAUGAGAUAACUUAUUUCUGCUGAGGGGUAUUCAGAAUUGAAUUUGUAAGGACGAGCACAUGACAGCUUCCAUUAGACAGUCUUGUCGAUUGUAAAUUUUAAAGCGUUAAAUGAAUAUCUGCUGUUUCUUUUAUGAUAAUGGUAAUGGUUGUACAUUAUCUACAAUGAAGUGGUUUAUUAAUAAUAUAAUGAUAGAGGUCUCGGUUCGGUAAGAUGAAACAUUCAAUGUCACAAGACCAUAGACCAUAUUUCAGGACAUGAAUUAACAUCUUUCAUAUCCUUAGAAACAGAUAAUAUUCUGUGACGUUGAACUGAACCAUUUUCUCGAAAGUAUCUUCCACUAAUACCAGAAAAGAGAAACAACAUUUUAUUUUAACACUCUUGUAAAGUGACACGAUGGAGGAAAAUUUUAAUUAAAUUAAGUCUCCUAAGGCAUAUCAGCCAAAUAAAAUUGGAGAUGUAACUCGACGUUUCGGAGAAUGUCUCUGUAUGUAUCAUGAGGGGUGAUGCAAUAAGUUCCAAGUCCCGUUAUGACUGGCGGUAAAUUUUUGGUUUCAAACCGCAUUUUGGGAUCAGGACCAGAUUUUAUGUAAUGAGUUGUUCCACUGUGUUCUUAUCCACACCCGUGGCUUGCUUUCACAGCUCUGUAUCCUUAUCCGCAAGCGCGCCAAUAAGAACAGAGUCAGAAUCAGACGUUGUUUCACAACUUCAUUAACACACGGCUGAUCGCCCGAGACUUCAUCGCAUUCAAUCACCGUGACAACUUCAAUCUUAGGAAAUUUAAUUCACAUUUGGCAACAAAAUUAUUUGCUAAUCUCAGUGUGAAAACUGCCACAUAAACAAGAGACAGUGUAGAACAUUUAUAAUCCUCUUAAUAAAUUUUAAGCCUGUGCUGCGUCUUAAAUUGGAACAAAUUCGCCAGAAUUAACUUCCUUUUUCCUGUUUUAUAGAAAGAAAACUGAGAAACACAACUUAAUCUUUGAUUAGAUCUUUUUGGGCUAAUUUCAAAUCACAUUGGAAGGUUAUACAAAGUCGGUUCUGUAGCUGCUUAUGUCCAGUCGUUUGUACAGAAGAAGAGUUUCUAGUGCAAUUAAUUAAUGAUCGCAAAUAUGGCUUUCCGGAAAAUUCGAUAAUUGUAGCCGUAAGAAUUCACGUAAUUAACGGCAAUGCAUUCCUUGAGGAAUAACGUGAGAAUGAUCCAGCAUAUUUUUAAAACGAAUCAAUAGUAACAUCAAAAUUUUCAAGAAUCUUAACACCCGGCGCUUUAAUUAAAGUAAUAAAAUUAUACCGUGUUUCUUUAGUUUCGGUACAGUUAGUUGACACACUGAAUUUCAAGAUUAUCAAAAUUGCCUUUCUGGAUCAAACUUAAUUGCGGAGUUUAAGAAGUGGUUAAAAUGAAAGUAGUAGUAAUUCCGUACUUGGCUGAUCUCGGAGUGAAGGGAAUUUGGUACAGUGUGAUUCAAAAGUCCUUGUUCACACACACACUACGUGGCGCACAUCACUUGUGUGUGUAAUGUGACCGUAUAACUUUGACAAAUAUUUUGCUUCAUCCAACUUGUGACGUGUAAGAAAGUUCACUACAAAAAAAUAUGUUUGUGUUCUUAAAGGUUAACAGAAACUUUUGAAUCACCCUGAACAGUAAUAUGGCGUUUGCUUAUAAUGUUAAUGGGAUAAUAGUCACUAUUUAUUUACUGCGAUUUCAUGGGUUGUGAAGACAUAUAAUAAUGUGGGUUGUUAUGAACGUUUCGGAAAAACGCAUUGCAUCCAUCUUCAAGGAACCUUGAAGAUUGUGAAAAAAAAUCUUCCAAAACAGUUACUACCUAAAAGACUACGAUGUCACAACUAAGAAGACCAUAAUCGACAUAUCCAUCGCUGUGAGGACCCGUUCAUCUGCGUCCUAAUGACACACCAGUCUUUCAGCGGGAAUGUAUCGGUCUGACUAGCAGUGUGCCACAGUACAAGAUCUCUGAAAUUGAAUGUAACUUAUGCGAAAGAACUAUUCUACUAUACCAUACAACAUCGGCACAAUAACAUUAUUAUUACUGAGUUAUUGUUAUUAAAAUGCAGUAGCAUUGUGAGGUUACUGGUAGAAUUUAACAAGACCUCUCUGAGACCACAAUUUAUCCCUGCAUUCGUUCUUGUUGACCCUGAAAUGGACCUACGACUGAUGUAAAAUUGUGGAAAUCCUGAAAUGUAUGCACUCAUGUAAGUUAUAAGGUAUCUAUGUAACAUAAUUUAUUAUAAUAUAUUUUAAAAAAUAAAAUUUAUUGUGGAG